AUGUCGGUGGUGAAGAUGGACGCCACGAGGACCUCGAUACAAAUCAUGGACGAAGAGAAAUUGUCGCUGCAGGCGGACCAGCGCCCUGUUGACGCCUCGUUUGCGGAGGUGGGGACGGCAGAAGCCCUUGGAGAUGGUGGACCAAAAACGUCGUGGCAGAAGUUCGCGAACUGGAUGGAGACUCGUACCAGCGUCGAAGUCCGCGGUAUCGAACGCAUGCCGGAGUGCAGUCGUCAACGCAAGGUUUCGAUGAAGGAUUUCUUCCAAAUUGGCAUCGUCUGGUUCUCGGCCAACUGCACUGCCAACAACAUGACCGUCAGUGUUCUCGGUCCAAUCGAGUUCGACCUUGGCUUGAAGGACGCCAUGCUUAUCUGCGCAUUUGGAAACAUAUUCGGCGCCAUGUGCACGGCAUACAUUGUACAUUCGGACCCGUAUCUGAUGAAUGCACGCUACACGAUGGGGUGGUACCCAUCUCGACUAGCCGCUCUCUUCAACGUCGUGGUGCAAAUUGGAUGGGGUCUGGUUGAUUGUCUGGUUGCUGGCUUGAUCCUAUCCGCUGUCAAUGGUGGAGGCAUGACCGUCAUUGUCGGAGUUAUCAUUGCAGCAUUGGGAAAAGUUGGCUCAUCAUCACGUUCGGCAUCAAGUGGUUUCAUAUCUAUGAGAGGUUCAUAUGCCUGGCUUCCCCAAAUCUGCGUCCUAUUCAUCAUGGUGGGCACGGCCGGCCCGCUCUUCGACACCAGCUCGGCCAGCUCAGGCGAGGGUUCUGUCCUCGCCUGCCACCGGUUGACUUACUUCUUCCUCAGCGCCUCCGGUGCCCUGGGCUGGUCGGCCUGUGCAUGCGAUUUCUUCGUCUACUUCCCCCCCAAGACCUCGCGCUGGCAAAUUUUCCUGUGGACAACCGUGGGUCUCAGUUUGGGAAAGAUGUUCCUAUACGUCGAGGGCCUAGCGCCGUUGAACCAAUUCGGCAAAUUCUGCGCGGUCCUCCUAGCUCUGGGUAUUGUCGCCAACAACGUCGCAGGAAUCUACGCUGCCGCCCUGUCCUUCCAGUUGCUUGACUCGCGAUUCGCCCGCGUCCCACGUGUGUUCUGGUGUACCCUCUCCACCGUCAUCUUCACUGUGACCACAAUCGCGGGUCGCGCCCACUUGCUCCAGAUCUUCAUCAACUUCCUCUCGCUGAUCGGGUACUGGACCAUUAUUUGGAUCACCAUGACCCUGGAAGAGGAAUUUAUUUUCCGUAGAACACGCGGCGGGUACGACUGGAGCGCAUGGAACACUCGCGAACUCCUCCCCAUUGGACUUGCGGCCAUUACGACCUUCGUGAUCGGAUGGGUCGGGGCCAUCAUGUGCAUGGAUCAAGACUACUACACAGGGCCGAUCGCUGCCUUGAUCGGAGACGGUGCGGAUAUUGGCCUGCCUGUCGCCGCGUCAUGGACGGCUAUCAUCUAUCCCGGUUUGAGAUGCCUGGAGUUGAAGUAUAUUGGACGAUAG